AUGCAAGCAAGCAGUAAUGAAAAUGGCACUAAAAAUAAUUAUAAUAAUAAUUAUAAUAGUAGUAAAUUAUCGAAUAUCUCUAUCUCUCCCAAACGAUUUUCGUCUCAACUUCGAUCACCAAGAUACUUUGAGCUCGUUCCAAACGUGAAAUAUCCUGCGCCAUACACGCCAGCACCCAUGUUAAGUCCAAUGAGACGAGGCUCGGGAUUAUUUUGGAAAAUUUCUCAAACUUCUUGCGCAAGGGUUAUUUUUACCGCAUAUAUUGUAAAUGAUUACUUUUAUCUGAUUAUUAAGAUUAAUUCACGUUGGAUACAAAAACCUGUACGUAAAAAUGGCUUGUGUUAUUCAUCUCACGUUUUUGCUGUAAGUUUAUUUCACGUUUUCCCUAUACAUAAAAAAAUUGCUAAACAAUAUUGUGAAGCUUGUUAUUAUUUUGUACUUGUUCAAAAAUCAGAUUGUUUGCUUGAUAAUAACAGGCAUAUAAAUUGUGGACGCGAUUAUCAAGCAAAAGUGAAGAAAUGGGCUGAUCGAGCAAUAACUGAUGAAGAACGAGAUAGUAUUCCCGAUCGAGAUGAUGCUGUUUUUAAUUGCAACAUCAUUGAUCACCUUGAUGAUUCUGCUGGUAUGGCUUAUGAAUUAUUAGCUCAUAGUAAAGCAGUUCCAAGACCAGGCAGAAACAGAGAAUUAGCAUUACAUUUGCUUAUGGAAAAUAAGGGAAAUAUUCAAGAGGCUGUUUUGGAUUUAAUGCGAUUAGAUACAUUAGAUUGGAGUCAAUAUCCUAUUAUUUACAAUUCAACUUACACGGACACAAGUUCUUGGACACCAGAAGAGAUUAAUUUCUUUCAAGAUGCUAUUUACAAAAGUGAAAAAGAUUUUCAUCAGGUUGCAAUGGAUUUAGGUAACAAAACAGUAAAACAAUGCGUGGAAUUUUAUUAUAUGUGGAAGAAAGCUUGUCCAGACGACUACAGAAAAUUAAGGAAUCUACGACGGAAGCGUCAAUUGCUAGAAAUGCAGCAACUGGUUUGCCAAUUUUAUAUUAAUUACUCAGAUUUGAAUGCAGCUUCUUCAUCUUCAUCUUCUCCACAAGCAGAUUCUAAGCAUUCUAUGAUGCAAUUCGCUAGGCCCAUGCAAUCAAGUAUUCUUUGCCCGUGGACAAUGGAGAAUGAUACUGUCCAUCGCACCCCUACAAAAAAAGGUGCCCAGCCAGCUGCUGAUGGCUAUUUUCAUUGUCGACUUUGUGAUAAAUACUUUGAAAAGGUAAAGAGUUUAAAUGCUCAUAUGAAAUCUCAUGCGAUGAAAGCUCGAGCUGAUGCUGAAGCUGCACAAUCUCAACUUAAUUUACUUCAACGCACUGUAAGCAGUAGCAAUAGUGAUAGCUUAAAUAAUUUUAGCAGUAAGACUAAAUUAACAAAAGCUUGCUCAUCAGCCGAUUUUGAUUCUGUUUCACUUACUCAUCAUCAAAAUUCUCAUCUUCGACAACAUCAGCAUCAGCAACAACAACAUCAUCAUCAUCACCAUCAUCAUCAUCAAGAGCAGCAACAGCAACAGCAACAGCAACAUCAAGAGCAAGUAAUAAAUCGAGAACAGUUGCAGACUACUAUAGAUAAGUCUUAUAUCCCUGAUGGAACAACUUUCUCUCAAGAUCUAUUCGUACAAACUGCUGGACAUCAUCAACUAGCCCAGACUAGCCUGAUGCCAAGUCCUUUAGGCUUAGCAACUCAUCAAGCCUUAAAUCAGUCACUUACUGCAGCUAGUGUUCUCAGCCAAUUUCCUCCUGUACAAGCACUACAAUUCCUUAAUAACAUUCAACAUCCAGCAAUCACACAUUAA